AUCUGCCUUAAAACGAAAGUUAGAUGGAAGAAGACGCCAUUUGAACGUUGUUAUUUAGCAAGCGAGUGAUUUAACAAAAACACCGAGAAAAAUAAAUUAGAAGACAAGAAAGCGCAAGACGGGACAGCCAAUCUUCAUUUACUCAGUUACUAUUAGCAGCUAUCCUACAUUUUGACCGACACCCCUCCCACCAAAAAGAAGUGGUUUUCUGGACUAAGUUUAGCUACCAUGGCGUGCACAGCUACUUUGAAGCGUUCAGUGGAGUUGGAGGCCCUUCACAGCCCUCAAUCUCCAAAACGGCGAAGGUGCAGCAAUCUGCCCGGGACUCCGGUCUCCCCGUCUCCAAAGCGAUGCAACCUGCUGUCUGCUACAGGUGACAACAGUCCGAUGUCCCCCCAACCGACUGGUGGAGGAGAACACCGGCUCACCCCAGAGCAGAUUGUCCAGAAUCUUAGGCAAGAAUACAGCCGCUAUCAGAGGAGGCGGAAGCUUGAGGGGGCCUUCAACCAGAGCCAGUCCCAGAGUCUAAGUGAUGGCCCAGGCCAAAGCCCUGGCUUCAUGUCACCAAGCGCCCAACCAGGGUCUUCUGUGAAGAGGGACCAGCCCUGUUUCACACUGCACCAAGUUGGCUCUCUGUGUGAACGGAUUCUCAAGGACCACGACGAGAACAUCCGUGAAGAGUAUGAGCAAAUCCUCAACACUAAACUGGCAGAACAAUAUGAAUCGUUUGUGAAGUUCACACAUGACCAGAUCAUGAGACAAUAUGGCGCCAGACCCUCCAGCUAUGUCUCAUGAACUAUCGUAAAUAAGGAAGUUACCCGCUCUCACGUCUAGACUGCUGCUCGCCUAUCUCCACGUUUUUCUUUACUACUUCAGUGCUAUGAUUUUUCUUUUUGACUUUUAACACUCAAUAAUCUGAGUUGUAUUUGUGUGGGUGUGCUUUUUUUUGGGGGGGGGGAGAUGGAUGGUUGAUGUUCCUUUUUAAUAAAUUGCUGUAGAAAGCUAGGCUGAUGUGACUUCUAUUUAACCUCCCAAACCCACUGCUGCAGCAUGAAGCCUCACUUUUCACCAACCAUACAUGAAAAUGUGGUUCUCUUUUGAAUUUUUUUUUUUUUUUUUUUAGAAAUGAAAGUUAUUUGCCAUUUUGUGCUUUAUCUAAAUUGUAUUUGAUGUUAUACAGGGGGUACUUCAGUGUACUACAGACUGUCAAUUGUAGUUUUGCUUUUCUUGAAACAUAUUUUUGUACAUGGCUGACUCCCUUGUCUUGCAUAUUUCAAUUGAUCUACCCUUUCCAGAAACUGAUCAUGUCAACCCCACGAUAAUCUGUUUGGAAUUGGCAAGGUUCUUGUUCAGACAUUCUACCCAAUUAUGCUACAAUUGAGGAGAUGCCAGCAAAGCAUGUGUCGUUAUACAGAGCUCUUUAUAAAAUAUGCAGGCUAUUACUCCCAAGAAUACCAUGAAUGGAAGGGCUCAUUUGUUGACUGGUUAAGAUCCUUUUCACAGGGAUAGACGAAUGUUGAGGCGUUGUUUCAUGUGAGAAUGAAAUGUGGGGAAACUGCACCUAUCCUCUCUUGGUUUGGAAUAAAACACCAUUCAAGAAAAAAAAGAUUGCGGUCAGAGUGAAGUAUAACUGCAGUUAUUCUGAAAUGACUGUGUCUAAAAUACACCCACGGUUGAAACUGCAGUCCUUUUUUCUUUUUUUAAGGAGUCUGUAUAAACUUGAUUCUGUUAUCUAUAAUACUUGGGCCCUUGAGAGGUUUUGUAAGGGAACCACACUCAUUGUAGUGACCUUCUCAAAGUUUUGAAUCUAGCUGGUCCCCCUUUCAUUUUGGUUUUAAUUUUAUUGAAUGUUCUGCAUAUGAUUUAUAAACUCUUAAUGUACUACUUGAUAUCCCUAUUAAAUGACUAGUUGUGGGUUAUUAGUCAGGGGAUCUUAUAAUACUGGUGUGUUCUGUAAAGCCUGUGAUUAGGAUUGAAGAGGUUAUUUAGUCCUUUUACAUAGUACUACUGAAUACAGUGAAUGUAUGUCUUUAACGGAUGGCGUUGGGUUGAAACAAAACUGAUUUUCAUCAUUCAAACAUGAGCUAAUGUGCUUCUUCACAAGCUGUAUACAUAGGGUGCAAGCCUACCAUUUAGGAAGUACCAUUUCAAAUGCAUCAUGAGUUAUGCCCAUUUCUUUACACAGACGAAGACUUGAUUCUCUAAUUGUGUGGUUUUGGAUUGAGUUCUACAAGAAGAUCUUACUAUGAACUUUUAAUCAAAAAUACCCAAUCAAUUUUUUUAAUUUUCCUACAUGUAAUAAUGUGUCCUUUUUGAGCUCAGUUUUGCUGUACACAAUUAUAACAUUGUUGAAAUAAAGCCUUGAUUUGAAGGGAA